AUGCGCUGUGAGGAUCUGAGAGAAAUAAUAACCGUCCAGGCCGGACAAUGCGGUAAUAGCAUUGGAAGCCAGUUCUGGCAGCAGCUUUGUCAGGAACACGGAAUCAGUCAGGAUGGAAAUUUGGAAGACUUUGCGACCGAAGGCGGUGACCGGAAGGAUGUGUUCUACUAUCAGAGCGACGACACUCGAUACAUUCCCCGCGCGAUCCUAAUAGAUCUUGAGCCCCGAGUUAUAAACGGUAUUCAAACAGGGCCAUACAAAAACAUAUACAACCCAGAAAACUUUUAUGUUGGCAAGGAUGGUGUCGGCGCAGCGAAUAACUGGGGAGAUGGUUAUCAAACCGGCGAGACCGUUUACGAAGACAUAAUGGAGAUGGUUGAUCGCGAAGCAGACGGCAGCGACUCCCUCGAGGGAUUCAUGAUGCUACAUUCUAUUGCGGGUGGCACGGGAUCUGGUCUUGGAUCGUUCCUGCUCGAGCGACUGAAUGAUAGGUUCCCCAAAAGAUUGUCCAAACCUACUCCGUUAACGCAAAAUGCGGAUUCCGUUGUCGUUCUUGACAAUGGUGCCCUAUCCCAUAUCGCGGCAGACAGACUUCACGUUCAAGAACCGUCGUUUGCCCAAACAAAUCAGCUCGUCUCCACCGUUAUGUCCGCAAGCACCACCACUCUUAGAUACCCUGGCUACAUGCAUAACGACCUUGUUAGCAUUCUCGCGUCCCUGAUACCAACUCCCCGUUGCCACUUCCUCAUGACCGCCUACACGCCAUUUACCGGUGACCAAGUAGAGCAAGCAAAGACAGUUCGCAAGACUACUGUUCUCGACGUCAUGAGACGUCUACUCCAACCCAAGAACCGCAUGGUUUCGACGGUGCCCAGCAAAAAGAGUUGCUACAUUUCCAUCCUGAACGUCAUUCAAGGCGAGGUGGACCCCACAGACGUUCACAAGAGUCUCCUGCGUAUUCGAGAACGGCGCUUGGCAACCUUCAUCCCUUGGGGUCCCGCGAGUAUUCAGGUCGCUCUUACCAGGCGCAGCCCGUACAUACCCAUGAGCCACCGUGUCAGCGGCUUGAUGCUAGCCAACCACACAAGCAUUGCAACUCUUUUCAAACGUAUCGUCAAGCAGUAUGACGGUAUGAGAAAACGAAAUGCUUUCAUCGAGGCGUACAAGAAGACAGCACCGUUUGCCGAAAACCUCAACGAAUUCGACGAGGCGCGGGAGGUCGUCGCAGAUCUCAUCGCGGAGUACGAGUCGGCCGAAAACGCCGAUUAUCUCAACCCGGACGCGGGUGACAAGGCCACGUCGGCUGAGACGGACAAACGCAUAGGAUAA